GCACGCUGUUUUCAAACUCACAAUCUCUCUUCGGCCUUACGUUUGUGGAAAGCCCAAAAUUAUCUGCUCCAAAUGAAACGUAUUUUGUAUCCAUCGCGUCGCCAGGCGGCUGAUGUCUUCCAUGGAGACCCGUUCAAAAUUCAAUCGUACAACUUUCGCUAUGCGGACAAACCCUUCUAUCCGACCCAGAAUUAUCAAAGGCCUCCGACUGCGGCGCCACUUGUAAGAAAGCCCUCCUUCCAGACCUUCUACUAUAAUCCCAGGUUCAGCCAGGAUCCCGAGUAUAUCCCCGCCACAAGGCGGGAAAACCGGAGACGUCCAUUACUGCGGGAUGCUAAGACUCCUGUGCCUGUGGCUCCGCAGACGAGACGUUCGCCUACUGCCACGGAUUCCCCGCUCCUGAGGACCUGCUGUCAAAGCGGCGAGUACAAAGCCAUGAGACGGGGUCGCAGCACAAUGACCCUGGAUAGGAGUAGCCUCCAUGUCCCGCGAUCCACUGGUGGUGCCUCCACCACCACCUUCUCCAGUGACUCCGAUAAUCAGCUGCAGAAAAUCAGCAUAAACAUCCGCACUGUGGAUCCACAGUCCGAAGUGGACAACAAUGUGAGUAUCAAGAUCGAGGCGGAUGCCUAUCUGCUGAACAACACGGACAAGGUGAUGGCCAGGUCGCCGCAGGAGCAGGAGCGGAUUUCACCCAGGUCCUCGGGUUCCUUUGGCAUCGACAAGCGACUGUCCAAGUUCAAUGUGAGCGAGACCAAGCCAAGGACCAGUCCGGAAUGGGAGUUCCGGCAGCGGGAGAAGGCGCUGGAAGAGGAGCGUCGAAUGGAAAGGGAGCGGGAUCGUCAGCGGUGGGAGGACCAAAGGUUGGAGCGCGAAAGGGAGCUCCAGGAGGAGCGGCAACGUGCCCGUCAGCGGGAGCGAGAUCGUGAGCAGCUCCGCGUGCUGGAGCGCCUGCGGGAUGAGGAGCGACUUCGGGAACUGGAGGUGGAGCGCGAGAGGCAGCGCCUGCGAGAGCUGGAGCGGGAAACCCAGCGGCACAGGGAAUACGAUCGGUUCUGUGCCCUCCAGGAGCAGGCGCGUCGUCAAAGGCUGGAGCAACUGCGUCGGGAGUCCGAAAAUGUCCCACCACCGCCGGUUCCAAUGACCUCACAUUUAUACACCGUCACCUCCGAUGACCGGUUACCCGGAAUGGCCUUUUGUGAUCUAUCCUCCAGAAGGCCAAAGACAUCAACGAGGCAUCUGCCCAGGCCAAAGAUGGAAAGACGGAGAGCUCGGGUUAACCAGGAUACAAGAACUGUUCGAUCCGCUACCCGAUCGCUCACUCCGCCGCCCAUCUUUAGCUCCCGUUCACCUACACCCCCUCUAUUGGCCACCUCCCGCUCAUCUACUCCGAAUAGGAGAGAAAACCACCCCUCUAGCCGCAGUCCCACCCCCAUUCGCAGUCCCACCAUCACAAGAAAUCUGGAUCGCUGCAGUUCGGGGACUUCUAAUGGCAAUGUCCAUGUCACGGUGACCACCAAUGGAGGUCGGCGUUCGUCCAACUCCCGGGUGAGUGAGCCCAAGCAGCUGAAUGCAAGCCAUCCCCUCGUCACCAGUCUGAACAAUAUGCCCAUAAGGAUAACUACGUCAAGAACUUCGGAUAGGGAUCUAGCUUUCAGUUUGAACCAUGUGAGGAUGAGGGGAUCAUCACCAAUGCCAAGAGAACGGAGCAGCUCUCAAGAAGAUCAGGAUGCGUGUCAGUUGAACAUCAACGUUUAUGCGGAGAAACUGCGAUUGAUGCGUAUAUAGGAAGGAAAAGUGGGGGAUUGCAUUAGUGAUUUCUGGGAUAGAUCAUCUCUAGCAUACAGAUUAUCAUCUGCUCCAGAAGUCACUCAUGUAUUCCCU